UUAAGUGUUGUGGAGUUGCCGUAUGUGUCUCUCAAUCUGUUUACAUGCAGUGAAAUGGCAGAAGCCAAUAUUUCAGUGGCUCAGGAUCAGUUUAGUUGUUCAGUGUGUCUGGAUCUACUGAAGGAUCCGGUGACUAUUCCCUGUGGACACAGUUACUGUAUGAGCUGUAUUUCAGACUACUGGAAUCAGGAUGAUCAGAAGAGAGUCUGCAGAUGCCCUCAGUGCAGACAAACCUUCACUACAAGACCUGCUUUAAAUAAAAACACCAUGCUGGCUGAAGUGGUGGAGAAACUGAAGAAGAUUAAACUUCAAGCUGAUGUUCCUGUUGAUGCUGCAGAUGGAGAUGUGGAGUGUGACAUCUGCACUGGAAGAAAAUACAAAGCCGUCAAGUCCUGUCUGGUGUGUCUGAACUCUUACUGUUACAAUCACCUUGAACAACAUGAGAGUUUCUUUAAAGGUAAGAGACACUAUUUGAUGGACGCCACUGGACGACUCCAGAAGAUGAUCUGCUCUCAACAUGGUUUACUGCUGGAGUUUUUCUGUCAUACUGACCAGAAGUGUAUUUGUAUGUUGUGUACGAUGGAUGAACAUGAAAACCAUGCCACUGUAUCGGCUGCAGCAGAGUGGACAGAGAAAGAGAAACACUUGAGAGAAACACAGAGAAAAUACCAGCAGAGAAUACAGGAGAGAAAGGAAGAUAUUCUGCAGCUGAUAGAGACUUUGGAGUCUCAUAAGCGCUCUGCACAGACAGCGGUGAAUGAAAGUGAGAGGAUCUUUACUGAGCUGAUGCGCUCCAUUGAGAGAAGCCGCUCUGAGGUGACACAGCUGAUCAGAGAUCAGGAAAAGGCUGCAGUGAGUCGAGCUGAAGGACUCUUGGAGCGACUGGAGCAGGAGAUCGCUGAUCUGAUGAGGAGAAAUGCUGAGCUGGAGCAGCUUUUACACACAGAUGAUCAAAUCCAUUUCCUGCAGAGUUUCCAGUCUCUCUCUGCACCUCUAGAAUGUACAGUCAGAAUUACUUUCAGUUCCCCUCUCUCUGUUGAUGAUAUAAGACAAUCUGUCCUUCAGCUGAGAGACAAAAGUGGAGGAUUUCUGCAAAGAGCAGAUUAAAACGUUUUCUGUCACACACAUCAACAUUGUCCCGAGGAUCAGAGAGGAGUUCCAACAAUAUUUCCAUCAGUUCAAUCUGGAUCCAAACACAGUAAAUGAACACGUCUAUCUGUCUGAGGGGAACAGAG